AUGAAUGCAGAUUCAUUUUUGACAACAAAAUGUACUAGUUUCAGUUUUACAAAUUAAAAAUUAAGAUCUCGUUCAGUUUAACAUAAAACAUUAGAUAAUAGUAAAACCCAUCCAAGCCAAAAAGAUCUGUUAGAGAAAAUAAAAUUAUAACGAAAAAGUGUUCAUAUAACUUUACAAUAGUAGUAACAAAAUGUUAAUAUUGGUUAAAUGUUUACAUAAGGAAUAAUUGAAUAAUUAAUGUAGAGAUAAUCAGAACUUUACAUGAAUUGUAAUAUAAUUUGAUUAAGUUUAGAAUUCAAAAUACAAUUGAGUUAUAUAGUUGAUAGUGGUAAUUUAUAAUAGUUUGGUGCCAUAAUUUGUAUGACAGCUGAGAUUCUACUAAAAAUAAAAGAUUUUAAUAAUGCUUGUUAUUAUUAUAAUUAAUAUGUAUUGAUCUUUUAUAAUUUGAGAGAGUUUUGAAUACACUAACAAAAAAUCAUGGUGAAAAAGCAAAAGCAUUAAUAGGUUUAGCUAAUUGUGCAUAAGAAGUUAAAAUGAAUAGUGAAGCUUUAAUAUUAUUGAAAAAAGCAUUACAAUAUGCCUGGUUAAGUAAGGAACAUGAAUUACAGAUAUAUGAAAAAUUAGCUUUAAAUUAUUAUUAUUUAGGUUAAAGUGAGGAGUAGUUCUAUUUUCAUGAGAGAGGAUUAUUAGGAAUAUUAGAAUCAGAAGAAUCUCCUAUUAAAUAGUUUAGUAGUGAGUCUUUAAAAGAUUAAAUAAAAAAGAAUCCUAUAGAAAUAAAGGUUUUAUGUCCAUAAUUGUUAAAUUUUAUGAAUUUACCUUUAUUAAGUAGAAAUGAAUUACUUAGUAGUAAUCCAAAUUCUAUAAGAGGAGCAUAAAUAAAAAAGUAAGUAAUUUAUUCAGUUCCAGAAUAAAUUCUAAUAAUAUUAGAGAAAAAUGAAGAGUUUUAACAUUAAAUAAAUACUCCAAAGUAUUAGAAAAUAAAUAAGAAUUUAUACAAUAAAAAUAAUGAUGAAUUCAGAAUGAGAAAUUUAUAAUAAUAAUAAAAAUUUUCAAAAGAAAGAAAAAUAUAUGAUUUAACUGAUACAAAUAGAUACAAACUUCCUUAUGAAGUAUAAGUGAAGAAUCGAAUUUAACAUCCAUAUAUUCCUCAAGAUAUAAAUGCUAAAUUACGUGAAUAAUUAAGGAAUACAAAUAGAACUCAAAAAUUUGGAUUAAGAAAUAAAGUAAUCUUAAAUCAUUAGACAAGGGAAGAAAUGCAUUAUAAGAAAAAUGGAGCAUGUUUGUAUAGAUAAUUAUAUGCUAUAUUUUCAUAAUAUUCUCAAUUAUUUAAUUGA